UUGACGAGACCUCCGCCAUGAACCAGCCAACAAGUCUAGCAGCUGCGUCUGAAGCACGGAAGGCGAGGUUGGUAGCUUUGAAGAGAAGGAAGGACGGGGCUCCUGAUGAACCUGUUGUAAAAAACCGAAACUUCGAUCCCGAGACACGUACAUUAAAGAAACGCGUACCGCUAACCGAUGAUGUGGACAUGGAGGACACCGUGGAGCGAAAUGUUACGGGUUUGGCCGAAAAGAUCAUUGCAGAGGACGAAGAGCGACGUGCGCAGGAGCUGGACAUCUUCAAUAUUGCACCAAAGCGACCGAAUUGGGACCUAAAACGCGAAACGGACAAGAAGCUAGCGAAACUACAAAGACGAACGCAAGAAGCUAUUCAUACUCUCAUCCGUUGGUACAACUUCGUUCUAUUCUGCGACACGACUGACACGAUAUCCCUUACGUCCAGGCCAGCGACUUGCAGCACAGAAGGGUGAUGCAGACGAUAUCGCUGGUGCUAUGCGUGCUCAGGAACAGGCGCGAGACGGCGAUGAUUCGGACGACGAAUAGAUGCUUUGCGUGUCACCAAAUUGUUGUAUUAUUAGUGCACACAUGUGUCUUCCCCGCGCUGUACAGCUGUCUAGAGCUGUCUGACAUGAGGAUCUCUUUCAGAGAUAAACGGGAUGGACGCUCAGAAGAAUGGCAGGUAUGGUUCCAGACCGUGUGCGUAAUUGACCGCAAAGGACGCGCAGACGCGUCGGCAAACCGAUCCCUGGACGCGUUGGUGUGUAGAUGCGUAUUUAGAUCAAUCAACCACAUGCUUCACUUUUGCCAGACGGCGCCAAGUUGGUGCGCCACGGAAUCUAUCGGUUGACCUUAUCUCAGCUGUGUGCCCGACUCGCGUGGUUGCUCAGGCCGUGUACCAAUUGUGGCUCGAACCACCACGCAUUUAAUAUCGCGAUCAGAGAGCAAACGAGUCGACUUCGCUUGGACCGAGGCAUUCCCUAUUCCGAAUCCAUAUCUUCUGCAGAAAGUCGAACGUGCCCAGUCGAAGU